AUUUUAGUGAAUAGUGAAUAGUAUUAUAGCGACGAUGAAGCCCAAUUCACCAUUUUCUUUUUGUUAGUUAGAGAACGAGGGAAAAUACUCCGGGAAGAUCGAGCAGCCUUCAAACUCAUCGUCUCAAAUCUCAUCCAAAUCUAUAUACACGUACUACGCUCACGCCGUUUCUUCCCUCUGAUGAUCGAUGAUCGCUGCCGAAUCCAAUUAAUUACUCCCUCACCGCUUCCUUUGUCUGCUUAAUUGCUGAUUGAGAUACAGAUACCAGACAAGUUGAAGAAAUGCAAGACCAUGGAAUGGUUCCAAUUGAUGAAACAACACCACCAAAGUCAACAAAAAGAAAACCAUCCACUACGAAGAAGCUAACACAAGAAAACAACACAAAAGGGGGUUCCAAAAGAAGCUCUAAAAAUGAAGCGCAAAUCUUCCAACAACAGGAAAAGUCAACAACUUCUGAUUCUUUACCUGACUCUUCUUCUACUGGUAAUGAUUAUCGAUCCCUGAGACGCAAAUAUUUACUUUUAGAAGAAGAAAGCUUUAAUGUUGGAAGAGAAACAAAAGAGAUUCAAGAUGCUGUUAAAUCUCUUGAAGAGGAAAAACUCUCACUUUUAGAUGAACUUGUUGUGUUGGAAGGCUUAGUUGACCCUUCAGAUCUCAAUGCCAAUGGUCAACGUUCACCAUAACUUCUUUCUAAUUUAGUUAACACCAGAAUUCUGUACUUCAAAAACUUUGAAUAUUUAUUCUACUCUUGCUGCUUUUAACC